UCUCCUUCGCUUUUGCACUUUUCUUUUUGGGGGGUCCCCGACACGUCACAGCACAGCACCGCUGCUCCCCCGGCGAUGGCCUGCGGCGAGUCCGAGGCGGAGCGGCGGGCGGCGCUGCUGCGCGAGAUAACGGAGGAGGGCGGCUUCGCCUUCGUCGCCUCGGCGGAGAAGGCGGUGGCGGGGGACCUGCGGGCGGCGGAGGCGGCGCGGGAGAUGGCGUGGGAGCAGCUCCACUCGGGGCCCUGGAGCGAGGUCGGCAGCGCGUGGAGGGACGCCUACGCGCUCGCCUGCCUCCACGUCGCGCGGCUCCGCCGGGCCGCCGCCGACCGCCGCGCAGCGCUCCGGGCGCUCGACAUGGGGCUCAUCAUGGGGGGAAACCUCCUCCGCGCCGAUCUCGAGGCCGCCCUGGCCUCCAUCGCCGCGGAGCCGAGCGACGGCGAAGGUGACGGCGCGGAGGCUGUCGAUGAGGAAGCCAAUAGGUGGAAGGAAGGGCUCGACAGGAACCGUGACAUCGCCGAUGCCCUCAAAAUUCUUCCAACAAAAUCUUUAUCCUGUAAAGAAAUCGCAAGACGGUCGUGUAUAUCUUUGGAGGAGUUUAUAUGUGAUCACUUUUUACCUGAGACCCCUGUUAUAAUCAGUGGCUGCAUCGAUCAUUGGCCUGCAAUGAAAAAAUGGAAGAACAUCCAGUACCUAAAGAAGAUUGCUGGGGAUCGGACUGUUCCUGUUGAGGUUGGGAAGAGCUAUGUUUGCAGUGAGUGGAAGCAGGAGCUUAUCACGUUCUCCCAGUUCCUUGAGAGGAUGUGGUCAACCGCCUGUCCUUCAAAUUUGACAUAUCUAGCUCAGCAUCCAUUAUUUGAGCAGAUAAAAGAGCUUCAUGAAGACAUAAUGGUUCCUGACUACUGUUAUGCUGGUGGAGGGGAACUCCAAUCACUUAAUGCUUGGUUUGGUCCACACGGGACAGUGACACCAUUGCACCACGACCCGCAUCACAACAUUUUAGCUCAGGUCUUGGGCAGGAAGUAUAUUAGACUCUAUCCUGGUUCUGUAUCCGAAGACUUAUACCCACACACAGAAACUAUGUUGAGCAAUACUAGUCAGGUACAGACAAUCUGUUCUGACAAGUUACAUGUUGGAAAAGAAGAAUACCCUUGCAGAUCAUCACAGCGGUGGAUCUUGACAACAUAGAUAUGAAUGAGUUCCCAAAGGUAGAAAACCUUGAUUUCAUGGACUGCAUAUUGGAGGAAGGUGACAUGCUGUAUAUUCCUCCGAAAUGGUGGCAUUACGUCAGAUCUCUAUCGAUUAGUUUCUCCAUUAGCUUUUG